CCCUGAUAAGGCUUUCGAGGCCCGUAGGAUACUGAAAGUGUGGUUUACUCGACUUCAACCCCCUCGAGUUCCCACGGCCGAGCAGGAAUUCGAACCCGGUUGCCCGAGUCCUAGUCCUUCACUCUGCCCACUCGGGGCAUGCAGACCGGCAUUGCAGCCGAGGACAGCAGCCUUCAAUCGAAAACAACGCGCCUUGUUGUGAAAUACCUCUGCCAACAUGAGUCUGACUCGUCGCCAUCCACAGGAGGAGCUUACCCCAGCAGACAUCUGUGGGAUGCUCAGGGAAGAGCUUAGCCAGGGGAAUGACUUCCAUCAGUCAGAUACCCACAUCUUCAUUAUCUUGGGGGCUUCGGGCGACCUAGCCAAGAAGAAAAUCUAUCCCACCAUCUGGUGGCUCUACCGUGACGGGCUGCUUCCGGACGAGACCUAUGUGGUGGGUUAUGCCCGGUCCCAGCUUACGGUAGCUGAUAUCCGCAAACAGAGCCAACCCUACCUCAAGGUUGCUCCUGAAGAAGAACAGAAACUGAAUGAUUUCUUUGCUCGCAACUCCUACGUCUCAGGAAAGUAUGAUGACCGGGCCUCCUUUGAACGGCUCAAUGCUCACCUCAAUGCACUCCACAACGGCGAGAAGGCGAACCGCCUCUUCUACCUGGCCCUGCCACCCAGCGUCUAUGAGCAUGUCACAGCCAACAUCCGGCAUACUUGCAUGAGCAAUAUCGGCUGGAAUCGUGUCAUUGUGGAAAAGCCAUUUGGCAAAGACCUGGAAAGCUCCAACAAGCUGUCCAAUCACAUCUCAUCACUUUUUAGAGAAGACCAGAUCUACCGCAUUGAUCACUACCUGGGCAAGGAGAUGGUGCAGAACCUGAUGAUCCUCAGGUUUGGAAACCGGAUCUUCAGUCCCAUCUGGAAUCGCGACAACGUGGCCUGUGUCAUUCUGACCUUCAAAGAGCCCUUUGGCACAGAGGGACGGGGUGGCUACUUCGAUGAGUUUGGCAUUAUCCGAGAUGUAAUGCAGAAUCAUCUCCUCCAGAUGCUCUGCCUUGUAGCCAUGGAGAAACCAGCCUCUACAGACUCCGAUGAUGUCCGCGAUGAAAAGGUGAAGGUGCUAAAGUGCAUCUCAGAGGUGGAUCCUAACAACGUGGUGCUUGGCCAGUAUGUGGGGGAUCCGAGUGGCAAAGGGGAAGCUCAGAAGGGCUAUCUGGAGGACCCCACGGUCCCAGCUGGCUCCACCACACCCACUUUUGCUACAGCAGUGGUCUAUGUGGAUAACGAAAGGUGGGAUGGAGUGCCAUUCAUCUUACGCUGUGGCAAGGCACUCAAUGAGCGCAAGGCAGAGGUGCGGUUGCAAUUCCGGGAGGUGCCGGGCGACAUCUUCAAUCGCCAAUGCAAACGCAAUGAGCUGGUGAUCCGCGUACAGCCCAACGAGGCUGUCUACACUAAGAUGAUGACCAAGAAACCUGGCAUGUUCUUCAACCCAGAAGAAUCAGAACUGGAUCUCACUUAUGGCAACCGUUACAAGGAUGUGAAGCUCCCAGAUGCCUAUGAGCGCCUCAUCUUGGAUGUUUUCUGUGGGAGCCAGAUGCAUUUUGUGCGCAGUGAUGAGCUCCGUGAAGCCUGGCGUAUUUUCACUCCACUUCUCCACAAGAUUGAGGGAGAGAAAACCAAACCAAUUCCCUACCGCUAUGGCAGCCGUGGCCCUCCAGAUGCAGACGAGCUAAUGAAGAAGGCUGGGUUCCAGUACGAAGGCACCUACCGUUGGGUCAACCCUCACAAGCUUUGAAGGCUGGGAGUCGCUGGUCUUGCCUGGAAUUGUGACAGCAGUUGUGCUUUUUCUCCACUCCUCUCUGCAGAAACUGAGCUGGCCCAGCCGGGCACUGGGCCGUCCUGAAGGCUGCUUUUGAAAAAGUCACAGUCUUGCCUGUCUUGCUGAGCGCAGGCCUCUGUGUAGUCCCUUGGCACGGCCUGGACUCUGGUGGGGAGGGGAAGGCUGGCCAUCUUCUCCUUGACCUUCAUCCUCAUGGUUCUGGCGCAGCACUAUGCCUCUGUCGCUCAGCUCUUUCUGCAGUGCUGGCAGCUGAUGGGAGACUCGGAUAUCCCUUUCCAAGCUCUGCCCAGGGUGGAGAAAGGCUACAGGGUUUUCCUUUCACCUCUUGCCUGUCUCUCCCCCCCCCCCUACAUAUGCUGCUCCUUCAAUUGCACUAGCUCUGCUUUUGCUGCAUUACUUGUUACAUUCCUGUUCAGUCUGCUUCUGGACUUUGUAUACAAAGCUGUGCUUUAAAUGGAAGUUACUGUAAA